UUAACUAAACUGAACACAACUUUGACUUAUGCAAUGAAGUUACUCCUCAGCUUGAGGCUACAAGUCAUCUGUGCACUUUGGAUACAUUGCAAGGAUGUGACUGUCACUCAUCUUUCACAGGACGAUAUUUUGCUCCUUAAGGAUGAGGCAGACCCGAAAUGUUUCACGAGGACAGAGGAGGAUUUCACCUGCUUCUUUGAGACCACAGGAAAUAGCACAUGCAAUUUCUACUACAACAUUGGCGAGCGGCCCAGAGAGAAAAGAUGUGACAUGUCAAUCCAGAGAACGACGGACGGGACGUUCCUCCACAUCUGCUCAUUCCCUUAUUUGGAUGUUGUCACCUACGUGGACAUACAUCUUAAAGUGGUGGAGCAGAACACCAACAUCACCAUCUGCAGUCGCACUGUCAGUGUGGAAGACCACAUUCUCCUGGCCGCACCCUUCAACGUGUCUUUACAGCAAAAUGGCAAAGCUGGCCAGCUGCAAAUUUCAUGGCUCAGCAGGGUGCCAAAAUACUGGGAGGAUAAAGUGAAAUACAGGAUCCAAUACUCCUCUGAAGGCAUGGGAGAGACGACGAAAGAGGGAAUUGAAAAGUGGGAUGACACAGGGGUGCUAGGACCGCUUAUCCCAGGGGAAGAGGUCCAAGUCCAGGUCGCAGUCAAGUGUGCCAACAGUGACAAUGCAGGACACUGGAGUCCCUGGUCAGAUUCUGCAAAGGAGAUGGUGCCACAAAGUGCAGAGGACGUUUCACUGAAGUGCUACACCCGUGACCUGCAAACAGUCACCUGUCAUUGGAACGUCAGCAGAUACAGCCAAACAAGACUUUUCUACAAAAUGCACCUGAGUAAGUCUUUGGGCUGGACUGACUGGACAGAGUGUCUGCAUGGCGGGAUGCUGACCGACCAAUGCCGUUUUCAGGGAGAUACGUCCAGAAAAGUCCUAAUCAAACUAAGCAGUCCCACAGUUCCACUCAGCAGAACCUUUUACAGCCAAGAGUUCACAAUCCAAAACAUCGUUAAAACAUCUCCACCAGCUGAUCUGAGAGGAUCUCUGGAGGGAGGGAGAUUGUGUUUGACAUGGGAGCCACCUCAUAUUUUUACUCUGUCUGCACACAUGCAAUAUGAAGUUGGCUGCCAAAUCAGAGAGAGCAAAUCAUGGCUGUUGGUUUCCCUGAAGGGCCCAUCAACAAGCACAUGUCUGGAGACUCCCUCAAGGAGCCAAUACAAGGUGAAGGUCAGAGCGAAACCAAAUGGAUAUUUUUUUUCUGGUCAAUGGAGCGACUGGUCGGAUGUUCUCACGGGAAAAACUCCUGCAGGAAUAGAUACUUUGCUUAUGAUUUGCAUUCCUGUCACACUGCUGAUAACUGCUGUCAUCUUCAUCUCUUUGGUUUUUACUUAUUUCCAAAAACUGAAGCAGUGGUUGUGGCCGCCUGUGCCAAACCUCGACAAAGUCCUUCAGAGUUUCCUCACUGAGACCAACUUGCAGAAUUGGGACCUCCCAGUCACGACAAAACAGUACUUUGAGGAGGCGUGCUCUUCUUCUUUGGUGGAGGUCAUGUCUCAGCAGGAGGUCUCAGGGUUGGGUAAGUCGUUCCACGAAUCGACUCAACUCCUGUCGUCAGAACCAGAGCACGGCAGCGGAGACCAGGAAGAGGAAAGCCCCAGAACAGAACUGAAAGUGUUUCCAGACUAUGUGACUCUGAACAGGGAGAGUGUCAUUAUAUGUGCCACAGGAAACAAGUAUGUCUGUGAGCAGUUUGGGGAGAUAAGAGGCCCGGGAAUGGAGGGUGAGUUUCUUCCAAAAACCUGUCACUGUUUCUACACCGAUGACUCGGUCUGUGUCCCCACUGGCUUGGACAAUGACUUACUGAACCAUUCCUACUUGCCUCUUUCCGAGCCUGCAGUCACUGAAAAAGGGGCUGACAUUAGAGAGCCUGGCAACCUUUAUACAAACUUACCCUGCAGUAACAAGUUAUAGUUACAUUGCACAUAUGUUAUUGUCAAAUAUGAGCAUGCUGGUAAUCAAUCAGCACAUCACUUUUCUACUGUAUCAGUAUCUCAGUCUUCUUUAUUUCUACUAAAAAAAAUGCAUUUGAAGCAAACAUUGUGAUAUAUAAACAUGUUUUUAAGUCAUAUGCAGUUGGAAACAUUUUACUACAUAGCGUUUAGCCAGUAGAGGGAGCAAGCGGGUUGCAAAAACAAUGACUGGUGGAUGGCUGGUGCUAAAG